AUGGUUGGUCAUGGUGAACCAUCGGAAAAGCUUAUCGUGAUUCCUUGUUGGCUUAUUCCGAAUUUAUCGGAAACACAACUGUUAGACACUUUUGGAUUGAUCAACACGGUACGAUAUAUUGGAGAAGAGGAAGGAAUCUUGAAAUUUAUUCUUGUAUUAACCAAUGAUCAUCAGGAUGUUUAUGUAGCUUUAUGUGUUCGUUCAGAUUCGAAAAAUCCAGUUUUACUUUUUGUUGAAAGUCUUCCCUAUUUUCUGGAAGUACUUGCAGUCAAUGAAUUGAACACAAUGCUUGAAACCAAACAACGAGUGGAGGGUUUUCGUGCAAAUCGACAAUUUUCUCUUCAAAUAUUGUUUGAAUCUGGCAAAAUAUCAUUGCCAAAUGUUCCAUACCUCUCACAAGCGAAACGGAUACUUCUUUAUAUAAAUCGACGCCCUUUUUAUGCCAAAGAAAUCAGAGAGAGAGUUCAUUUGGAAGAAGGAGAUGAUAAUAAUCCUAAUAACUUUGGCACAGUAAUAAUUGGAAAUUACAUUGAAAGUAGCUCUAUAUGUUCGGAUCAAAAUGCAUCAUUGUCACAUCAAGAUCCUCCUCCUUCUCCAAACAAAAAAAUUUUCUUUAAUAUUUACAUUACUAACAAGAAAUUCGUUAAAAAGAAAGUACACCAAAAACCAAACCAAACAUAUAUUCACACCAUCCAAAAUAAUCACACGAAUUACAAUCCAAGCAAGACACAAGAUGAGAUUAGAACAACGCUGAAAAAGUUGAAAUUUUAUUUAAUUGAAGAACAAGCAAGACAAAAACUCAAUGGUAAUAGCUCAGCUCCAAUUCCUGUAUGGACGAACACACACGACAAGCAUUGUUUAUUUUUAAAUGAAAAUAUGUUUUGCUUUAGUGAUGCUCAUACUACUACGUCUGAGCUUUGGUUGUGCUUGAAUCCGAACGAAGAAUAUCAAUUUAAAAUUUAUGAUGCAAAAAUUUUGAAUGCCCAACGGUUGACGAAUCGUCGUGUAUGUCAACUUAAAAUUCAAUUCAAACAAAGUGCGCAACCAGUAAGGAAAUUCAUCUUUGAAGUGACGGAACUCUCCACCAAGAAAUCAGCUCAGAUUUGGUUGUACAGAGUGAAUACACCCUUGACGCCAUUACUUGAAUCGUUGAUGAAUUAUAGCAUUCUCAAGGGUGAGAAAGCAUGUGAAAUGUUCAAACCUUUGAAAUUCAAAACUGCAUCCAUGAAAGAAUUUGAACAAUUUUCACAAAAAUUUAACACUGCCAGUGAAUGUGAGUUGGAUGAAACGAUGAUUCAUUCGAUUCUGAAAAAGAUGCUAAUAUUUUGCAGUGUUGGUUAA